AUGUACUGCAUGAGAGGACUUCCAGGAAAGGAAGAUUGGAACAAUAAUAUACCUGUUAGUCCUCAAUAUAUGCUUACUCAAAGAGAUUGGUGGUUUCAACAUGAUCGGGGGUGUGACAAAGUUCCACCACUUGAUGGUCAUUUUCUUGAAUUACCAGCAGGAGGUUCGUUCACAGUUGAAAUUGCUACUAAUCGUGCUUUCACAACCUUUGGUGUCAAUCCAAAUUUCGAUGGUUACUUUGGUGGUAACCAAAAUCCUGUACGAAGUGAUGAAGGAUGUGUUGUCGAUCCUAAUCUACAUACUUUCAAUCAAAGUUCAGCUCCAGGAACAGUGUUUGCUAUCUCCUAUGAAAAUAGCAUUGAUAAAGUUACACCUGAAAAUUUAGUUGUCUUCACUGUAAGAUACAAUACACCUUGGCAAAGAGUAACUUCUUAUGAUGUACCAAAAGAUUUACCUCACUGUCCUCUAGGCGGUUGUACAUGUGCAUGGGGAUGGAUUCCUAUGGGAUGCGGACAGCCUAAUAUGUAUAUGCAAGGUCAUAAAUGUAUGGUUACUGGUACAACUUCUACCAGAAAAUUAGCAGUAGCCAAACCACCAGUCUAUUGUGAAGAUGACCCAUCCAAGUGUGUAAAGGGAGCAAAACAAAUGAUCUUCUAUCAACAAUUAACUGGAAACAAUGUGUUUAAUCCACCUAAAAUGCCAACGUAUAAUGCACGUAUGGGAUUCUCAGAUGGAGCACAAAAUGAUAUUUUUGAAUAA